CUGUGCGUCCACAUAACACCUCCCUCGGGCUGCUUUUCCUUCCUUGCUAAGCAUACCCUGCCUCUUCCUCGGCACGCGACCUCCGCCGCCUCCGGAUCGCUCUCCCGCAUCCCUGUGCCGCCGCCUCCGCCACUCCCCCUUCAUCUCUCCUAGCCAAGUUCCAGCCCUCCUCCUUGACCGCCUCUCUACUCAUCUGAAGAAGUAGCACGGGCGAGCCGCUACGCUUGAGCCGCCACAAGAUCGUCGGGUGGAGGAUCCGGUGCCGACGAGCCACUCGCGCCGGUGUCCGAGGUCACGGAGCCCCUGGAACUGCCGGCGCCAUACAGAGAUGGGUCAGUGGGGAUGAUGGUGUUGGGGUCUUGAGGGGAAAGGCGCCGCCGACGAGGACGGCGGCAUGGCAAGGUGUUGGGAUGAUGAGCUAACUGACAAUGCGACGAGAUCUUAUAAGUGGUUCUUAGAGGUCUACCUGCUGGAAGUGAUCAAUUUCGUCUGGGUUUGAUUUCCGCUUUAUCUUUGUGAUUGCUUUUCUGAAAAUGCAUGAGUAAGCCAUGCAUCCGUUGCUUUAUACUAAGCUUUCUCCACUGUUAACCUAAAAGAUUAGAGUUCAUACCUAACUUGUGAGGGCUAGAUGUUUAAUUAGACUGUAGAACUCAGUAUUAUUCUGUGGAAGUUCCAACUUUGAACUACUUAUAUCAUCGUUUCUAUAUUUGAUUUGUUUUCUUAUGAAAACACAGUUGUGAUAUUUGCAGUCCAGAAACAAUGCAUUCAGUUCAAGUAUUCUUAGACAGUAAUGCACAGAACAGUUAUGCAACAAGCCUUUCUCUAUAAAGUUUGAAUUAUAUACUACAUUGCAGGUUGCAAAGGGGGUCAGAUUUUAUAUCUUUUUGCUAAUAUAGACCGGCUUCCAUAUUUUGCAUGGUUUAUCCUAUAAUUUAUGAAUCAGUAUUUUCCAUAAAGCUCCCCUUUGGACUGUGGUUUUGUUCUGCUUUAGCUGUGUUGCAUUAGUUGCCCAACAAUUUUUUUUAAGAUUUGUCAUAUGUUUUUAUUCUAAUAUUUUUUAAGUUGUCGAUGGUCAUACUUCAUGUGCUUUGAUGAGGAAUUCAUUUAGCAAAUGAUCUUUCAUGUUGAAGUUGAUAUUCUCUGCAACUUGAAAGUAUAUGUGCAUAUGAAUUAUUUGAUGUCACGAUAUGAUCCUUUAGGUCCUCAUCUGACUAAUUUGCAUACCCUCCUCCUUUAGGUGAAUUGGAAGACGUUUUGACAUAUGUUAAAAUGGUGUAUCCUGUGCUAGCUGACUGGUCAAUCUUUUCAUUUGCUGGGAGCUGAAAGUUGUAUUUCCAAAGUAACAGAGGAUGAACCAUGGUUCUCAGUAGGUAAUAUCAGAAUCGUCGAGUCUUGCCGAUCACAUGAGAUCACUUAUCUUAUUUUGGUGCACGGUCAGCCUGAAGGUUUGAUUGUCAUCUACCAUUAGGAUGUUUGAGCCGGAUAAAUAUCCUGGCCUUGAUGAUUAUUACGAGGAGAAGCAUCGUGUUGUGCUUGUGGAAAGAGGGGAGGUUCCUCCAGUACUUCGGUUGAGAGGCCACAACCCACGUGAGUCACUGAUGUAUGACCGUCGCUACGAGCCUUAUUUUAGAAGAAUGGAUCUUCUCCAGUUUGUGCUCAACUUUAAAGGCACACCACCAUGGCUGAACUCGACGGCCAUUACCGCCCUUACGGACCGUUGGAGGCCGGAGACGCACUAUUUUCACCUUGCUCUUGGUGAGAUGACCGUCACUCUGGAGGAUAUUGCGAUGAUCUCCGGUCUUCCGAUCGAAGGCAGGGCUCUUACCGGGAAGGUGAAGUCCGAGGGGUGGCGACAAAGGGAUGCAGGUUUGGUUGGUGUUGAACCUCCCCAGUGGAUUCAUGAAACAAAGAAGGAUCCUAGGCCAUCUGGUGUUUUGUUCUGGUGGCUACAAAAACAUUUUUACGAGUGCCCAGAGAAUGUCAGUCCGGCUGUUGUGGAGAGGUACGCAAGGGCUUACUUAUGGAAUCUUAUGACCCAAGUGGUGUUUCCUGACGGCACGGGAGACACAACCUCCUGGAUGUUCUUGGACCCUCUUCGUAACUGGGAUGUUAAGUGGAGUUGGGGGUCGGCGGCACUGGCCUUCUUGUACCGUCAGUUGGACGGAGCAUGUAUGAGGAGUAAGCCGAAAUCUUGUCUUGGUGGUUUUGUUUGGGCCCUACAGAUUUGGAUGUGGGAGCGUAUCCCUAUGGGCCAUAACUUGACCAUUGCUCCGGAAGAACCUUGGGAGUGGCCUUUCGACGGGGAUGAGGAGCGGUAUCCCACUAUCGCAUACACGUGGGCUAAUGUCCAAGUGUCUAGUAUCGCAGCCAUGGGGCGGUACAAGGCAUACAUAAGCAAGCUUGACAUGCUUACUUAAAACCACGUUAAUUGGAGGCCGUACAUGGUACUUAGGCAGUUCCCUUUGAGCAAUAUGUGCUUUCGUGACCAACAUCUUUGGCGUGUGCGUUGCCCCAUGAUAUGCUUUUAUGCGGUGGAGUGGCAUCUUCCACAUCGUGUUUCGAAGCAAUUUGGAGUACAACAACGCACCCCGCCGGAGUAUGUUGAGACAAGUGUGGUGCUACAUAUGACGAGCCGGCAACACAACAAGAAUGUCAUUAAUUGGGAGGAUCACCAUCUUAUGUGGGUGGACAUGUGGAAUGCUCAGAGGAAUGCCCGAGUUGAAGAUGAUCACACACCUGACAACGACGAGGGGGCAUAUUUAAGGCGUUUGGAGUGGCUUCGCAAAGAGUACAGAGUUAUCCUUAAGGGUGCUUGGACUCGUGCCAAUUGUUUGGAAGUAAUGCCAAGUGAGGCUGCUGAUGGUGCAUUCAACAACUCUAUUAGGGAGACCAUUGGAGCGCACCUAGAUUAUGGCCCUCUGCAUGACCGAGUGGGCACAGAGCUAUGGAGAUGUAUCAAUGAUAGUAAUGUGGUGCUUGGCCGCCCACCUGGUAGAGAAACGGACGGUCUCGUUAGGAGUACUCUACAGAAGGUUGUGAAUCGUUGCUGAACACUAGCCGCUUUACUCUCUUGCCAUGGAGGUUCAUCAAUGGAUGUGCGUGCACGUGCUCAGUAUAGAAUGGAUGUUCUUUCUUCCGCUCGUCCAUUUUCGAGCCAAGCAUGUCCCCGUGCUUCUUCCGCUCGUCCUUCUUCCAGCCGAGCACGGAUUGAUGAACAUGAAGAUGAAGAGGAGGAGACAGACUCUGAUGCGGAUCCGGACUAUGUGGAGCUUGGGGCUUCGCAGAUGGAAGAUGCUCCACAGCCAACUCAACCUUCUCAGCCUUCUCAAGAAGCACGCCGAGUUAGCUCAAGGAACAUCCGACGUCCUGGAUGGCAGAACACUCUAGAGGGCUACGUCAACAGGGGGAAGCUGCGAAAAGAGGCAGGAAGUGAAGUGAUGACUAAUGCGAGCUUGUUAGUUCUAUAUCUGGUGAACUAGAAAUGUAGUUACCUUUUCAGAUGGAGCGAACUCGUUAGUUCUAUAUCUGAUGGACUUGUUAUUUCUAUGUCACCAAGACUUGUUAAUUAUUAUGUAAGCUGGAUCAUGUUAAGUUCGUUGCUCUAAUGUCUCAUUGAUAUA